CAGUACUUAGGAAAGACCGAGUGAAGAAGCGACAAGGGGUGGCUGUAUGACCCUCUUUUGGGGGAUCUGAUUAUAACAAAGAUAUAUACACACAUAUAUGCAAGCCCCGGCCGCAAGAUGGGUCAUAUGACGAUAAUAGGUAUUUGAAAAGCAUAUACCUAUAUAUCUAUACAUUUAAGAUGCCUAUUUUACUUUUCCUGAUAGACACGUCCGCUUCUAUGAAUCAGCGCACUUAUUUGGGUACGACGUAUCUGGACAUUGCUAAAGGCGCUGUUGAGAUCUUUAUGAAGGUAAAUAAUUUCACACCGACUUUUUUCAUCUUACUAUUUGCCUUGAUGAAGUUGAGGGUCCCUUUGACAUAUUCAGUCUAAAUUAACAUGUAUUGUUUCAUUUUUUUUAAACAGCUGCGUGCCCGAGACCCGGCUAGUAGAGGCGACAGGUACAUGCUAGUUACAUUCGAUGAUCCACCAUACGGCGUUAAGGUAAAUACUGUUACAUUGUUUUUAUAUGUGAUUAAGGCGCGGAUAUUUUGCAGACAGUGAGACGUUACUGUCCCUCUGGUUUGUAGCUGCGGGUUGGGCGGCAUCCCAGUGACGAAAACGGCACAUUUUUGUAAAAAUACCGCAGACCGGAGCUAUGUUACCUCUGAACAUGGCGGACAUGGUGUUUUUGUGUUGGAAUUGGAAAAGCUCUAUGGUGUUGAGAAGGAGGCGGAGAGAUAGAUGUAUUAUCUAUUGUGAGGUCGUUUGUGGGCUAACUCAGCCGGGAUUGGUCAACUGGCCUGCACCUCUUGUCGAGCCCUCCCCUUGCAUCCGUUCUAUGGCUGAACUCUAUACAGCACCCCCAUUGGCCAAUAUGGACUGGGCAACUCAAACUUAUUUGAUUUGAUAAACCCCCCUUUAUUAUAGAAAAUUAUAAUGUUCACGUGACACUCAGUAUUUUCAUCUAAAUCGGAGUUUAGACCAUAAGGUGCCCAUUCUGUAGUUCACACAAUCAUAACUUAAAUUUUUUUAAAAAAAAUUUAGUCAUUUAGCAGACGCUCUUAUCCAGAGCGACUUACAGUUAGUGCAUACAUAAUUUUUGUAGGUGCAUAUGUAGGGGCAUGGAUUAUUAUUAUUAUUAUUAUUUUUAUUUUUUAUUUUUUUUUUAUAACUUCAUAAUGAUCGAAUGCCCUUAUAAAGUGCCAACAUCAUAACCUUCUACAGUAUGAUUACAUAAUAAUUUCCCAAUGCCUCCACCCUCAGCCUUGCACUCAUAUUAUAAACAGUGCCCUUUAUCAAAAGGAAUAUAACAUCCUAGCCCACACCAAUAAUUAAGCAACAGGGAGAGGCAGCAGGUUAUAAUUUUAACACUGUGCACACAUAAUAAUGUAAUAAUGUGGCAUAGGGUUCGCCAGUGAAGUUAAAUGAAAGCACAUAAGACUCAUGCCUUAAGGCAUUUGUCAUUUAGAGUAGAGUUUUCUCUUUCAAACAAUGACAAGGGGCAGGUGGAAUGUAAUACCAUUUGAUACAUAUCCAACUCUGCCUCAAAGCACAAAAAUAUAGUGGAAUAUGAUCUUCAUUUUAGAGUAUGUGAGAGGCACCUAACCCCAAAGCUCUCAAACAUGUAAAGAAUCUUUCAACGACAAGUUAUCUCAAUUAACAAAACAAAUAGGUGUGCCUAUUUUGAUUUACCCAUAUGAAUCUGGCAGUCACUGCAUGAGCUAGCUUUAUCAUCUGGAUGCCAAUGAAACAUUACAUCAGACUUAGGAACAUGAGUAAGCUGUUGGGGCUAAUUUGCUGUGAUGUAUCUGACAGCCAUGUAUUCAUCCUUUAUUAAUGCACUGUCACAUGUCUAUACAUGCACCCGUGUUGGGGAUGGGCACAUACUUAGUAUAAGUAGCCAUAUGUCAAAUGAGUAGUGCUGUAGUGCAUUGCAUGUGGCAUGUGGCAGUCAUGUUUUGAAUGUUGGUAUAGUAUAAUGAAUGUGUGAAGGUCAACUGCAUGCAACUGCAUUGUUGCUUCUUCUAUGGCUUCUUUCAUGUGCAGUGUUGCAGAGGUUCAGAAGGUGUGGCUGCAUCAGACAGCUUCAUCAUGUGUAUAUGUGCUGCUGCUGUAUUUAUGUGGUUUGACUUUGACAGUGACAGUACUGUGGAGUGGCUUAUUCCCUGGCAUUUCAUUAGCUUUGUCUCUCUGGCAGGUGGCCAGACAUCCUCCCAUGGGCUUUCCUACACCCCCGUCCCUCCAAAACAUGCACACAUCCUAGUCUUCUUUCAUUCUUUCCCUCCAAAUAAAUGUUGUGGUUCAUUAGCUAUUCCAUUUUAACGCCAUUGGUGUCAGAGUUUGUUCAGUUUUUGUUUCUGUAUUAAAUUAUAGGCCCAGAAAGGCCUAUAAAGCUCCUUCAGAAUUUUCUUUGAGGGCAUUGUUCCUGAUUUGUUACGUAUUAAGGGGUUAUUGUCAAGGGACUUUUGAUGAAACUAUUCAAAAGCACAAGUGCUAAUGGUUCUGGAAUAUACAUAACUAGCUAACUGCAUGGCUACUGAAAUGUCCAUUGUCUGGCUUAGGCACCUGGGAGAGAAAGCUCCUCCCUGUAUUAGGUGUUGAUGAGCAGAGUUCGCACAAUAAUAACCCAGCCUGUAAUGUCUCGCCUGCCCUGCCCGGUGAGAAAUGGAAUCUGACUACUGAAUGUGUGCACUUCUUCCACUGAGCAGCAUAGCUUUUUAUCUCUGUUUUCAUUAUUCAUGAGCUGAUCCAUGGAUACGCUGCUGGAUAAAGACAGCGCUGUCUUUUCCUCCUCACUAGUCUGAGCUCACUUGCCCUGUUCCUGGACCAUCGGGAGGAACGUCAUUCUUCUCUUCCUCCUCCUGGGGCAGGGCAGAUUUUUUUUCUCCAUGUGUAUUUAAAAAAAAUCUUUCACACUCCUUUCCUCUCUGGCAAGACAUUGUAUUAGGCAGAUGUUGUGUACUGUGUGUGUGCUAUAUUUGCUGGAGCAGUUCAUCCACUUAUGAGUCAACUAGUACACAAAAGGCCACAGGGAAGGUUGUGCUAAGUUGUUUUGAGUGUGUGGUGGGGUUGAGUUUUACAAAUGUUCAACAUUGUGUUCUAAUCAUUCAGGCAUGUGUUUACUGCCCAAGCUUGGCCAGCCCUGCUCUGCCUGACUGCCUAUAUCCUUCUAGGAAUCUUGUUCAGGGCUAUCAUUCACAUGCCUGACAGGUAGAUCCAGCUGCUUUAUACAAUGAAUAGCCUAGUAAUACAACUGUAUACUUGCAUAUAAGGAACAUUUCUGCCCUCUCAUUCUUAUGGGAUUCUGGUUUAGGGCUACACAUCCCAAUAGGAAUUCCUUUCCCCUGUCUAUUAAGGACUUGAAUCCUCUGGGUGUCUGUCGUGUCCCACUGGGUCUGUACUGUUGUCUGUACUAGUGUCUGUGAAGCUGUGGGAAUUCUGGGAACCCCUCAAACAUUAAUGUCACAGAUUGAGGGAGAGUCCAGCUGCACAACCUGCUCCGCUUCACUGUCUGUGAGUCUGUGACCCCCUUCCCUUCCUUGUGAUCACAGCUCUUUGGGCCUGUUAAGCAGCCUAGCUUUCACUGCAGUGACAGCUCUGCUCACAGUGCUCUCAUCUCCUGCUCUCAUGACCAGUUUAGCACCACCCUUCUGAGUCUGACACACACAAUGACAUGAUGUUUUAUUUUUACAUUCUACUGAAUGGGUGUUGGUGCUUUCUGGUGUGCCUGACUUGUCUGUUCAAGUUCCAUGAGCCAAGGCCUCAUUACAUGCCUUCAACCUGGCACAUUUUGGUUCUGCUCCUAAACUAAAGGAUCCCGGGAACUUUAUUCAUAGGAGUCUGCUUCCUCAUAACUGGGGCUUUUGCGAGGAACAAGUUGUUAUCUGUCUGUUUAUGGAAAGCAGCCUCCUGUACUGCAGUCAGUGUGUGCAGGAACCCAGCAUGAUUUAGCCUAGUAAUAUAAUAAUAAUAUGCCAUUUAGCAGACGCUUUUAUCCAAAGCGACUUACAGUCAUGCGUGCAUACAUUUCUGUGUAUGGGUGGUCCCGGGGAUCGAUCCCACUACCUUGGCGUUACAAGCGCCGUGCUCUACCAGCUGAGCUACAGAGUACCCUGGCUCAUAGACUGAUUUAUUGGGGAUGGGGGUGCCUAUAUACAGGCACAAUGACAUAUACAGUAGAUAUAUUUUUGAUUAUAUAUAAUGAUGACGUAAUCACUUUUUUCAUUGUGAGUCUUUUUCUUGGCACUCUAACCCGGUGUCUGGGUUGCCGAGAGACAGACACAUUUGAAAACGAUGAUGUCAGUGCUACAACCAGGAUGUAGGCUAGCUCUGUGGCUUUGUGUCCUGUUUUAUCCUAUGUUUCCUAGAUGCCUAUGUUUGUAGCCUAUGUGUCACCACAUGGCAUGAAGCACAACCCAAUGCAAUAAAUAGCCUACCACAACACUGUCGACAAUUCAGCCACAAUAUCCUAAUCCUUCCCCAUACUUUACAACAUGAGAGUAGUGGGGCACAUUUCUUCUAAUGCAUACAUCCUUGAUCCUCUUUCACUCUUUUUCAUGUCUCCCUCCCUCUGCACCAACUGUGACCCAGACAAUGUUGUGAUAAAAGGAGAGACUCUGAUUGCACACUUAUACACAGCCUGCAAUUAAUUGUUGAUGUGGAGAGAAAGAAAGAAGGUUGGGUGAAUGACUCUGUCACCUGAAUUAUUGAGCCUGCCAGUAGAGGUUUUGUCUUCAGUGAACGUAACAAGACAAGAUGGUUAGCUCGAAAUCCCACUCGCUUAGAUACUCAGAGGAUGUAGGCGUGUGUGUGUGACUGUGUGUGUGGGUGCGUGCAUGUGUGUGUACGUACAGGAGUGUUUCAGUGUGUGUUACUCCUUUGUUUGUCGGUGGGUUGGGCUCAUCAGCCCAGUGAAGUAACGCAACAUGCUACUUCACAUUUAAAAUUGAUUAAAUAUCGUUUUAUGCUAUUUUUCACUACUUUAACGUUUUACAAAAUCAAAUCACAUAGUUUAUUCUCACUUCAAAGAUAUGCAUCCUCUAUUACAAAUCUCUCUCUGUGUAUAAUUACAUUGGAGUAAACAAAACUCCAAACAUUCUAGAGGUCAUGCCUUGUAUCCAAGGACUACACAUACUUAGAAGCUUAGCCUACUCUUUCCCAUUGUAUUUCCUGCUCUGUGUCCAUGUCACCUCUCUCUCUCUCUCUCUCUCUCUCUCUUCUCUCUCUCUCCCUCUCUCUCUGCUCUCUCUCUCUCUCUCUCUCUCAUCUCCUCUCUCUCUCUCUUUCUCCUUCCUCUCUCUCUCUCUCUCAUCUCAUCUCUCUCUGGUUAUUAUCCUCUCCUAUCUCUCUAUCUACUCUCUCUCUACCUCUCUCCUUCUCUCUCUCUCUCUCUCUCUCUCUCUCUCUCUUCUCUCUCUCUCUUUCUCUUGCGCUCUCUAUUUAGGAAGCAUGGUAGUGCUUAUUGUGGGGCUAGUAAGCCUGCAGGUCAUCCGUAGAUUAAGCAUAAUGCUGUAACAGUAAGGUACUUGACCUCAGUGGAGGAAAGAGAGAGCAGCGACUCACUCCCACUCACCCACUAGGCUGCUCUCCCACGGGAAAGCCCUGGUCUCAUGUGAUGAGCAGCUUCAGGAUGUGCUUCAGCAAGAGCCAAUAGUAACCAUUACUUUGUGUUUAGUUUUUUUUGAUAUUGUUGUCCACAUCACAAAUAAGCCUACAAUUUUCAUGGUUUAAUCGUGUUAUUUAAUAUAGAGGCUCAUUUAGGAUUAACACCUGACAUUGUGAUAAUACAUACAGUGGGGAGAACAAGUAUUUGAUACACUGCCGAUUUUGCAGGUUUUCCUACUUACAAAGCAUGUAGAGGUCUGUAAUUUUUUAUCAUAGGUACACUUCAACUGUGAGAGACGGAAUCUAAAACAAAAAUCCAGAAAAUCACAUUGUAUGAUUUUUAAGUAAUUCAUUUGCAUUUUCUUUAGCCUAUAUGAGUAUGGGGGUUUUACUGUAUCUUGUAACCCAUCACUAAUAUGCUUAAUAUGAGUGAGUGUGGUUGUUUGUGCGUGCAAAAAUGCCUCUAUGCUCCGGGGUCAAUGUAAUUUAAUACUGUGUGUGUGAGUGUGAGUGUAUGCAAGGGAGCGUGUGUUGUGUCCACUUUCAUGACUGGACUGUUUAUGCAGGUUGAUCAUGCAGUGUGAUGAUGACGCAAGCCUCCUUCUGCCUGUCUGAGUAUUUAUUGCAUUCCCUUCAUGUGGUGUGUGUGGCACACUAUCCUUGUGUGUAUUUCAGGCGGGCUGGAAGGAGAACCAUUGUACAUUUAUGAGUGAACUGAAGAACCUGCAGGCAUCUGGACUGACCACUCUCGGUUACGCCCUCCGUGCGGCCUUUGACCUCCUCAAUCUGAACCGCCUCGUCUCCGGCAUCGACAACUAUGGACAGGUAUGCCUGACACACACACCUCUACAGACCAUUUAGGCCUACACCUGUGGUGAAGUUUUCUUCUGAUAUUUGUUAUGAUUCUUUAUAACAAAUCAUAAUGAAUAUCAGGCACUAGUUAACUUUCAAACAUAUUAUUAUGCACAAGUAUUCUGUAAAAUAGCAUGCAAUACAGUGCAUAUAGAUUUGAGGAAUAUUAAUUCAGUUUGUAUAUACACUGCUCAAAAAAAUAAAGGGAACACUAAAAUAACACAUCCUAGAUCUGAAUGAAUGAAAUAAUCUUAUUAAAUACUUUUUUUCUUUACAUAGUUGAAUGUGCUGACAACAAAAUCACACAAAAAUUAUCAAUGGAAAUCAAAUCUGGAUUUGGAGUCACCCUCAAAAUUAAAGUGGAAAACCACACUACAGGCUGAUCCAACUUUGAUGUAUUGUCCUUAAAACAAGUCAAAAUGAGGCUCAGUAGUGUGUGUGGCCUCCACGUGCUUGUAUGACCUCCCUACAACGCCUGGACAUGCUCCUGAUGAGGUGGCGGAUGGUCUCCUGAGGGAUCUCCUCCCAGACCUGGAAUAAAGCAUCCGCCAACUCCUGGACAGUCUGUGGUGCAACGUGGCGUUGGUGGAUGGAGCGAGACAUGAUGUCCCAGAUGUGCUCAAUUGGAUUCAGGUCUGGGGAAUGGGCGGUCCUUAGCAUCAAUGCCUUCCUCUUGCAGGAACUGCUGACACACUCCAGCCACAUGAGGUCUAGCAUUGUCUUGCAUUAGGAGGAACCCAGGGCCAACCGCACCAGCAUAUGGUCUCACAAGGGGUCUGAGGAUCUCAUCUCGGUACCUAAUGGCAGUCAGGCUACCUCUGGCGAGCACAUGGAGGGCUGUGCGGCCCCCCAGAGAAAUGCCACCCCACACCAUGACUGACCCACCGCCAAACCGGUCAUGCUGGAGGAUGUUGCAGGCAGCAGAACGUUCUCCACGGCGUCUCCAGACUCUGUCACGUCUGUCACAUGUGCUCAGUGUGAACCUGCUUUCAUCUGUGAAGAGCACAGGGCGCCAGUGGCGAAUUUGACAAUCUUGGUGUUUUCUGGCAAAUGCCAAACGUCCUGCACGGUGUUGGGCUGUAAGCACAACCCCCACCUGUGGACGUCGGGCCCUCAUACCACCCUCAUGGAGUGACAAACAGCGCCGGAGAAGAUGGCUGCCGUUUUACAGCCCUCUAACCAAUUGUACUAUUAUGUGUGUUUUUCCGCGUUAUUUGUAAUUUAUUUUGUACAUAAUGUUUCUGCCAUCGUCUCUUAUAACCAAAGAGAGCUUCUGGAUAUCAGGACAGCGAUUACUCACCUCGCAUUGGACGAAGAUUUUUUCUUCAACGAGGCGUUCGCGAAGGAUAUCCUACAGACACCCGACAAGGCCCAGAUCCCCGUCAUUCGCGUGAUGAAGAGACGGAGAUAUCGCGGACGCAGAUCCGGGUGCCUUGUAAGGAUCCGACGGCGAGCGAGUAAACUGCCUCUCCCAUCAAUCCUAUUAGCCAACGUUCAAUCUUUUGAGAAUAAAAUUGACGAUUUAAGAUUACGGUUAUCCUACCAACGGGACAUUAAAAACUGUAAUAUCUUAUGUUUCACGGAGUCGUGGCUGAACGACAACAAUGAUAACAUUCAGCUAGCAGGCUAUACGCUACAUCGACAGGACAGAACGGCAGACUCUGGUAAGACAAGGGGUGGCGGUCUCUGUAUAUUUGUAAACAACAGCUGGUGCACAAAAUCAAAUACUAAGGAAGUCUCGAGGUUUUGCUCGCCUGAGGUAGAGUAUCUUAUGAUAAGCUGUAGACCACACUAUUUACCAAGAGAGUUUUCAUCUAUAUUUUUCAUAGCUGUCUAUUUACCACCACAAACCAAUGCUGGCAUUAAGAUUGCACUGAAUGAGUUGUACAAGGCCAUUAAUCAACAGGAAAACGCUCAUCCAGAUGCAGCGCUCCUAGUAGCCGGGGACUUUAAUGCAGGGAAACUUAAAUCCGUUCUACCUAAUUUCUACCAGCAUGUUAAAUGUGCAACCAGAGGGAAAAAAAACUCUAGACCACCUUUACUCCACACACAGAGACGCAUACAAAGCUCUCCCUCGCCCUCCAUUUGGCAAAUCUGACCAUAACUCUAUCCUCCUGAUUCCUGCUUAUAAGCAAAAACUGAAGCAGGAAGCACCAGUGAUUCGGUUAAUAAAAAAGUGGUCAGAUGACGCAGAUGCUAAGCUACAGGACUGUUUUGCUAGCACAGACUGGAACAUGUUCCGGGAUUCUUCAGACAGCAUUGAGGAGUACACCACAUCAGUCACUGGCUUCAUCAAUAAGUGCAUCGAUGAUGUCGUCCCCACAGUGACCGUACGUACAUACCCCAACCAGAAGCCAUGGAUUACAGGAAACAUCCGCACUGAGCUAAAGGGUAGAGCUGCCGCUUUCAAGGAAUGGGACUCUAACCCGGACGCUUAUAAGAAAUCCCGCUAUGACCUCCGACGAACCAUCAAACAGGCAAAGAGUCAAUACAGGUCUAAGAUUGAAUCAUACUACACUGGCUCUGACGCUCGUCGGAUGUGGCAGGGCUUGAAAACUAUUACAGACUACAAAGGGAAGCACAGCCGCGAGCUGCCCAGUGACACAAGCCUACCAGACGAGCUAAACCACUUCUAUGCUCGCUUCGAGGCAAGCAACACUGAAGCAUGCAUGAGAGCACCAGCUGUUCCGGACGACUAUGUGAUCACGCUCUCCGUAGCCGAUGUGAGUAAGACUUUUAAGCAGGUCAACAUUCACAAGGCCGCAGGGCCAGACGGAUUACCAGGACGUGUACUCCGAGCAUGUGCUGACCAACUGGCAAGUGUCUUCACUGACAUUUUCAACAUGUCCCUGACUGAGUCUGUAAUACCAACAUGUUUCAAGCAGACCACCAUAGUCCCCGUGCCCAAGAACUCUAAGAUAACCUGCCUAAAUGACUACCGACCCGUAGCACUGACGUCUGUAGCCAUGAAGUGCUUUGAAAGACUGGUCAUGGCUCACAUCAACAGCAUAAUCCCAGAAACCCUAGACCCACUCCAAUUUGCAUACCGCCCCAACAGAUCCACAGAUGAUGCAAUCUCUAUCGCACUCCACACUGCCCUCUCCCACCUGGACAAGAGGAACACCUACGUGAGAAUGCUAUUCAUUGACUACAGCUCAGCAUUCAACACCAUAGUGCCCUCUAAGCUCAUCACUAAGCUAAGGAUCCUGGGACUAAACACCUCCCUCUGCAACUGGAUCCUGGACUUCCUGACGGGCCGCCCCCAGGUGGUAAGGGUAGGUAACAACACAUCUGCCACACUGAUCCUCAACACGGGGGCCCCUCAGGGGUGCGUGCUCAGUCCCCUCCUGUACUCUCUGUUCACCCAUGACUGCAUGGCCAGGCACGACUCCAACACCAUCAUUAAGUUUGCCGACGACACAACAGUGGUAGGCCUGAUCACCGACAACGAUGAGACAGCCUAUAGGGAGGAGGUCAGAGAUCUGGCCGUGUGGUGCCAGGACAACAACCUCUCCCUCAACGUGACCAAGACAAAGGAGAUGAUUGUGGACUACAGGAAAAAAAAGAGGACUGAGCACGCCCCCAUUCUCAUCGACGGGGCUGUAGUGGAACAGGUUGAGAGCUUCAAGUUCCUUGGUGUCCACAUCACCAACGAACUAUCAUGGUCCAAACACACCAAGACAGUCGUGAAGAGGGCACGACAAAGCCUAUUCCCCCUCAGGAGACUAAAAAGAUUUGGCAUGGGUCCUCAGAUCCUCAAAAAAUUCUACAGCUGCACCAUCGAGAGCAUCCUGACUGGUUGCAUCACCGCCUGGUAUGGCAACUGCUUGGCCUCUGACCGCAAGGCACUACAGAGGGUAGUGCGUACGGCCCAGUACAUCACUGGGGCAAAGCUCCCUGCCAUCCAGGACCUCUAUACCAGGCGGUGUCAGAGGAAGGCCCUCAAAAUUGUCAAAGACUCCAGCCACCCUAGUCAUAGACUGUUCUCUCUGCUACCGCACGGCAAGCGGUACCGGAGUGCCAAGUCUAGGUCCAAAAGACUUCUCAACAGCUUCUACCCCCAAGCCAUAAGACUCCUGAACAGCUAAUCAUGGCUACCCGGACUAUUUGCACUGCCCCCCCACCCCAUCCUUUUUACGCUGCUGCUACUCUGUUAAGUAUUUAUGCAUAGUCACUUUAACUCUACCCACAUGUACAUAUUACCUCAACUACCUCAACUAGCCGGUGCCCCCGCACAUUGACUCUGCAACGGUACCCCCCUGUAUAUAUAGCCUCCCUACUGUCACUUUAUUUUACUGUAUAUAUAGCCUCCCUACUGUCACUUUAUUUUACUUCUGCUCUUUUUUUCUCAACACUUUUUUUGUUGUUGUUUUAUUCUUACUUUUUUUGUUUAAAAUAAAUGCACUGUUGGUUAAGGGCUGUAAGUAAGCAUUUCACUGUAAUGUCUGCACCUGUUGUAUUCGGCGCAUGUGACCAAUAAAAUUUGAUUUGAUUUGAUUUGUUUCUGACCGUUUGAGACACAUGCAUAUUUGUGGCCUGCUGGAGGUCAUUUUGCAGGGCUCUGGCAGUGCUCCUCCUGCUCCACCUUGCACAAAGGCAGAGGUAGCAGUCCUGCUGCUGGGUUGUUGCCCUCCUACGGCCUCCUCCACGUCUCCUGAUGUACUGGCCUGUCUCCUGGUAGUGCCUCCAUGCUCUGGACACUACGCUGACAGACACAGCAAACCUUCUUGCCACAGCUCGCAUUGAUGUGUCAUCCUGGAUGAGCUGCACUACCUGAGCCACUUGUGUGGGUUGUAGACUCCGUCUCAUGCUACCACUAGAGUGAAAACACCGCCAGCAUUCAAAAGUGACCAAAACAUCAGCCAGGAAGCAUAGGAGCUGAGAAGUGGUCUGUGGUCACCACCUGCAAAACCAGUCCUUUAUUGGGGGUGUCUUGCUAAUUGCCUUUAAUUUCCACCUGUUGUCUAUUCCAUUUGCACAACAGCAUGUGAAAUUUAUUGUCAAUCAGUGUUGCUUCUUAAGUGGACAGUUUGAUUUCACAGAAGUGUGAUUGACUUGGAGUUACAUUGUGUUGUUUAAGUGUUCCCUUUAUUUUUUUGAGCAGUGUAUAUUUGUGUAUCUUUUAGCCAAUCUGCCAAUAACAGCACCAUCUCCCCAUCCAUCUAUUGUUUCUCCAAACCCCUGUCUGAAAGCUAUUAUAGAUUAACACACUUACGGGGGUUAGGCUAGAGGUGAGCAUCGGGAGUGUGUAAAUCUCCUUAGCCAUUCUCCCUGUUUGUGUGUGUCUGUGUGAAUAUUGAUCCAUAGAGUCCAGAGGAGGAGCUAGCCUCUGUCCUCACAAAGUGCCACAUGGACAUCUCUCAGCCUGACCAACAGCAGAGCAUUAACAUCAAAGACAUCAAUACAACACCCACACUUUUUCCUAUUAUCACUGCAGAAGAUAUCACAUUUCAAUUCAGUUUGAAUUGUCUAUAGUCAUUUUGAUAAAGCACUUGUCAAAAAUAGACAACAAAAUAAACCAAGCUUCCUCACAGUAGUAAAGAACAGUUUCCCCUUAUUCUGAGAAACUUUGGGAGGAGUGAGUAUGGGUAGUUAAUUAUGCUGGGACCAUAUUGAAGUCGACCUAACAAGACUAGCUAAAUGUUAGAAGUUUUUUUUUUUACCCAUGAACUUUCCUGUCUACCCUCAGGGCCGUAACCCGUUCUUUCUGGAGCCAUCGGUGAUCAUCACCAUUACGGAUGGAAACAAGCUGACUCACACCUCUGGAGUGUUGGAUGAGGUGAGAGAAGACACUGGCCUGUCCUCUGACUGGUUACCUAGAAGUCAGGGGUAUUCAUAAAGUGUCAGAGUAGGAAUGCUGAUCUAGGAUCAGGUCCCCCCUGUCCAUGCAAUCUUAUUCAUUGUGAUCUAAAAGGCUAAACUGAUCCUAAGUCAGCACUUCCACACUGAGAAGUUUGAUACAGACCCAUUAUAAAAGCAGUGGACUGUGGUUCUGGCUGGGUCUAAUGAAGAAGGAAUCAUUUCACUCUCCAGCCAGUAGAGUUCUUCUGUGAGCUUGGCUAGCAAAGCUGUUAAAGAGAGGCCACAUUUGAAUCAUGCAGGGAGCUCCAGUACAUUUGCUUCUUCAUGAGCAGUAUGUUAUUAAGAUGACUCACAUUCUCUAAACUGUUAUUACACUAUAUAAGAAGAAAAAAACUAUUCUGGGCCCAGUUAAAUUGUCCAGCCAGAGUCUAGUGAAAAAAGGCAAAUUAAAUACUAAUCCAAUUUUCACAUCUUGCCCACCUCUACCCCUCUGUCACGCUCGUUGAGAGACGGGUCAGACCAAGGUGCAGCGUGGUAUGCGAACAUGUUUAUUAAAUAAAAUAAACAUUAAACAAAACAAGAAACAACGUAACGUGAAGUCCUCAGGCUAAACACAUACAAGCCUAACCCGGAACAAGAUCCCACAAACAUAGUAAGCAACUGGGCUACCUAAGUAUGAUCCCCAAUCAGAGACAACGAGCGACAGCUGUCUCUGAUUGGGAAUCACACCCGGCCAAACACAGAAACACAACUCUAGAUCCUAAACAUAGAAAACAUAGAUUCACACACCCUGACUCCACAAACAAGAGUUCCAUACGUCAGGGCGUGACACCCUCCCCUCUCCCUCCUUUGUGCCCCUAUCUCCCUGUCCCCAGCUCCACUUGCCCCUGAACUCUCCCCUGCCAGGCAGUGAGCUGACCAAGGAGCCCUUUCGAUGGGACCAGCGUCUCUUCGCCCUGGUGCUGCGUCUCCCCGGUGCUGCCGUGGCCGACAGCGAGCAGCUGGGCAGCGUCCCCACCGACGAGUCUGCCAUCACCCAGAUGUGUGAGGUCACUGGAGGUAGGAUGCCCCCAUAGAAAUAUAGUUAACUUCCUGCUUUACUCCUAUGAGUACACUGACCAUUGACAGCAAAUCCACUCAUAAUUUACUUCAAUGGGGACGCCCAUUCUACUCAUUCUAGUUCUGUGUAUGCCCCCACUGGCUCUGGGGUGGGGCUGUAUCUGUUGUUAUGCCAUUCAUGAGACUGGAUUUAUAAUUCCACUUUAGGCCAUGUAUAACAAAGAAAGAAAGUUGCACUCUAUGCUCUCAACAAUUGAAUGGGUAAACCAAUAUUUCGUCACACAGUGCCUUCUUCAGGGUUCAGGCUAUGUAUAAUGUAACAUUUGCAAUGUCCUCAGAGACUGGAAAUGAACUCUGCAACUAUCUUUGUAUUCUCUAUGCUUUCUGAAAUAUUUAAGUGCAGAAUGACAGUGCCACUCCAUCCCUCUCUCUUUGUUCUUUGUCCCUCCCUCUUUUACUGUUAUUUUCCAGGACGAUCAUACUGUGUGCAGACUCAAAGGAUGCUGAACCAGUGUCUGGAGUCUCUGGUCCAGAAGAUUCUGAGUGGUGUCGUCAUUGACUUUGAAAAGACAGGGCCAGAUCCGCCUCUGGUAGGCGAAGGUACAUCCUAACAGGAAUGCGCUCGGAGUUAUUGUGGGUGACUGUGUGUCACUGAUUAAGUAUCCUCUGAUGGUCUCAAGGUGACUCCCUCCGACAGUGCUUGACUGAUGUGUUCCGAACAGCUGCUCCGAAUGGCUGUUCUUCUGUUUGUGUUCGGUUGAGAAAUGGACACCUCAUGUUGUUUACAUUUACAUUGACGUCAUUUAGCAGACGCUCUUAUCCAGAGCGACUUACAAAUGUUGUUGUUUGGUUCUACAGAUGGUGUGGUUGACACGAUCCGCCCCAUGUUGUCCUUCAGCCCACAUCCCUGGCACAGCUGCCACAAGCUCAUCUACGUGCGACCCAACCCCAAGACAGGGGUGCCCGUAGGCCACUGGCCCAUCCCUGAGUCCUUCUGGCCGGACCAGAACUCACCCACUCUGGUGAGAGGAUGCCAUUAACCACACAGUUACUGAUGCAGUAACACUAAUGCAAGCUCAUUAGUCCCUCCAUUUUGAAUUACUCAGAGAUAUUGUUUGUGUGAUUAUAAAGAGAUAGUUCACCCAAAUUACAAAAUGACACAUAGACUGCUUACAGGGUAAGGAAACCAAUGGACAAGGUAUGACAGCAAUCCAUGCUUUGGUUUUUAUUCCCUGGCACUGUUUCCAAAUGCUAAUGUUUGAGCAUUUGUGGCACGAAUCCCAUUCAAGUCCUGGUACCGAUAUGAGCAUUUUUCGCGCAUCAUGUCCAAAUAGCAUUUGAAAACAGUGCCAGGGAAACUAAACCAAAGCACGGAUUGCUGUCAAACCUUGUCCAUAUACUUUUUACGGGGUAAGGAAGCCAAUAUGUAAUUUGGGUGAACGAUCCCUUUAAGCGUUUAAUAGAUUACAUGAAAGAGGAUGAGCAUUAAGCAUUAUGCUCCUCUUAAAUCCAGUAAUUUUGGGGUUAAACAUGGCUCUGCACUAUUGCCCUCUGGGACCUGUAGUUGUCCUGGCCCCUGGCAUCCUGUGAAUGAUUGCUUCUCGCCACGUCUUUUUUGCCAAGAACUGGGGGUGAAGUUCCUGUGGUGUCAUAGCAUGGUAUGGGUAUAGUUUCAGGAGUUUUAUUUCUCCUCAACAGGGACAACAUUGUAUGAAAUGCUCUAAAUGAUCUGUCAUUCUCUCCCUCCACACCACUAGCCUCCUCGCUCCGCCCACCCCAUGGUGCAUUUCACCUGUGUGGACUGUGAGCCCAUGGUGAUUGACAAGCUGCCCUUUGACAAGUACGAACUGGAGCCCUCACCACUCACCCAGUACAUCCUAGAGAGGAAGUCUCCACACAUGUGCUGGCAGGUAGGAGAACCACUCCCACACACACCCUCGGAGUUAUGGUGUUUAUAUUUCUAGUGAUGCUGUGGGGUGUUGUUUGUGCUGAGCUCUCUCUGUCUCUCUCUCUCUCUUUCUCUCUGUCUAUCCCCCCCCCCCCCCCUUCUCAAUUCAAUUUCAAUUUAAGGGGCUUUAUUGGCAUGGGAAACAUAUGUUUACAUUGCCAAAGCAAGUGAAAUAGAUAAUAAACAAAAGUGAAAUAAACAAUAAAAAAUGAACAGUAAACAUUACACAAGAAAGAAUAAAGACAUUUCAAAUGUCAUAUUAUGUAUAUAUACAGUGUUGUAAUGAUGUGCAAAAGGGAAAAUAAAUAAACAUAAAUAUAGGUUGUAUUUACAAUAGUGUUUGUUCUUCACUGGUUGCCCUUUUCUUGUGGCAACAGGUCACAAAUCUUGCUGCUGUUGGGUGAAAUACCACAAUGUGGUAUUUCACCCAAUAGAUAUGGGAGUUGAUAAAAAUUUGAUUUGUUUUCGAAUUCUUUGUGGGUCUGUGUAAUCUGAGGGAAAUAUGUGUCUCUAAUAUGGUCAUACAUUUGGCAGGAGAUUAGGAAGUGCACCUCAGUUUCCACCUCAUUUUGUGGGCAGUGUGCACAUAAUAGCCUGUCUUCUCUUGAGAGCCAGGUCUGCCCACGGUGGCCUUUCUCAAUAGCAAGGCUAUGCUGACUGAGUCUGUACAUAGUCAAAGAUUUCCUUAAUUUUGGGUCAGUCACAGUGGUCAGGUAUUCUGCCACUGUGUACUCUCUGUUUAGGGCCAAAUAGCAUUCUAGUUUGCUUAGAUUUCUUGUAAAUUCUUUCCAAUGUGUCAAGUAAUUAUAUUUUUGUUUUCUCAUGAUUUGGUUGGGUCUAAUUGUGUUGCUGUGCUGGGGCUCUGUGGGGUCUGUUUGUGUUUGUGAACAGAGCCCCAGGACCAGCUUGCUUAGGGGGCUCUUCUCCAGGUUAAUUUCUCUGUAGGUGAUGGCUUUGUUAUGGUAGGUUUGGGAAUCGCUUCCUUUUAGGUGGUUGUAGAAUUUAAUGGCUAUUUUUUUAUCAUUAGCGGGUAUCGGCCUAAUUCUGUUCUGCAUGCAUUAUUUGGUGUUUUACGUUGUACACAGAGUCUCAAUUUGGUGUUUGUCCCAUUUUGUGAAUUCUUGGUCGGUGAGCGGACCCCAGACCUCACAGCCAUAAAAGGCAAUAGGUUCUAUAACUGAUUCAAGUAUUUUUAGCCAGAUCCUAAUUGUAUGUCGAAUUUUAUGUUCCUUUUGAUGGCAUAGAAGGCCCUUCUUGCCUUGUCUCUCAGAUCGUUCACAGCUUUGUGGAAGUUACCUGUGGCGCUGAUGUUUAGGCCGAGGUAUGUAUAGUUUUUUGUGUGCUCUAGGGCAACGGUGUCUAGAUGGAAUUUGUAUUCUGGCAACUGGACCUUUUUUGGAACACCAUUAUUUUUGUCUUACUGAGAUUUACUGUCAGUGCCUGGGUCUGACAGAAUCUGAUCAGAAUAUCUAGGUGCUACUGUAGGCCCUCCUUGGUUGGGGACAGAAGCACCAGAUCAUCAGCAAACAGUAGACAUUUGACUUCAGAUUCUAGUAGGGUGAGGCCGGGUGCUGCAGACUGUUCUAAUGCCCUCGCCAAUUCGUUGACAUAUACAGUACCAGUCAAAAGUCUGGACACACCUACUCAUUUAAGGGUUUUUCUUUAUUUUUACUAUUUUUUACAUUGUAGAAUAAUAGUGAAGACAUCAAAACUAUGAAAUAACACAUAUGGAAUCAUGUAGUAACCUUCAAAUAGCCACCCUUUGCCUUGAUGACAGCUUUGCACACUAAUGGCAUUUUCAACCAGCUUCAUGAGGAAUGCUUUUCCAACAGUCUUGAAGGAGUUCCCACAUAUGCUGAGCACUUGUUCGCUGCUUUUCCUUCACUCUGCGGUCCAACUCAUCCCAAACCAUCUCAAUUAGGUUGAGGUCGGGGGAUUGUGGAGGCCAGGUCAUCUGAUGUAGCACUCCAUCACUCUCCUUCUUGGUAAAAUAGCCUGGAGGUGUGUUGUGCCAUUGUCCUGUUGAAAAACAAAUUAUAGCCCAAACCAGAUGGGAUGGCGUAUCACUGCAGAAUGCUGUGGUAGCCAUGCUGGUUAAGCGUGCCUUGAAUUUUAAAUAAACCACAGACAGUGUCACCAGCAAAGCACCCCCACACAAAUAUAUUUUGAUUUGUUUAACACUUUUUUGGUUACUACAUGAUUCCAUAUGUGAUAUUUCAUAGUUUUUAUGUUUUCACUAUUAUUCUACAAUGUAAAAAAUAGUAAAAAUAAAGAAAAACCCUUGAAUGAGUAGGUGUGUCCAAACUUUCGACUGGUACUGUAUGUUGAAGAGGGUGGGGCUUAAGCUGCAUCCCUGUCUCACCCCCCGGGUCUGUGGAAAGAAAUGUGUGUGUUCUUUGCCAAUUUUAACCGCACACUUGUUGUUUGUGUAGAUGGAUUUCAUAAUGUCGUAUGUUUUUCCCCCAACACCAAUUUCCAUCAAUUUGUAUAGCAGACCCUCAUGCCAAAUUGAGUCGGAAGCUUUUUUGAAAUCAACAAAGGAUGAGAAGACUUUGCCUUUGUUUUGGUUUGUCAAUUAGUGUGUGCAGGGUGAAUACGUGGUCUGUCGUACGGUAAUUUGGUAAAAAGCCAAUUUGACAUUUGCUCAGUACAUUGUUUUCGCUGAUGAAAUGUAAGUGUCUGCUGUUAAUGAUAAUGCAGAGGAUUUUCCCAAGGUUGCUGUUGACGCAUAUCCCACGGUAGUUAUUGGGGUCAAAUUUGUCUCCACUUUUGGGGAUUGAAGUGAUCAGUCCUUGGUUCCAAAUAUUGGGGAAGAUGCCAGAGCUGAGGAUGAUGUUAAAGAGUUUAAGUAUAGCUAAUUGGUAGGCUUUAAUAGUUGAUUCUAAGAUUUGUAUUUGAUCAUGUACAGUGAGGGAAAAAAGUAUUUGAUCCCCUGCUGAUUUUGUAAGUUUGCCCACUGACAAAGAAAUGAUCAGUCUAUAAUUUUAAUGGUAGGUUUAUUUGAACAGUGAGAGACAGAAUAACAACAAAAAAAUCCAGAAAAACGCAUGUCAGAAAUGUUAUACAUUUUAAUGAGGGAAAUAAGUAUUUGACCCCCUCUCAAUCAGAAAGAUUUCUGGCUCCCAGGUGUCUUUUAUACAGGUAACGAGCUGAGAUUAGGAGCACACUCUUAAAGGGAGUGCUCCUAAUCUCAGCUUGUUACCUGUAUAAAAGACACCUGUCCACAGAAGCAAUCAAUCAAUCAGAUUCCAAACUCUCCACCAUGUCCAAGACCAAAGAGCUCUCCAAGGAUGUCAGGACCAAGAUUGUAGACCUACACAAGGCUGGAAUGUGCUACAAGACCAUCGCCAAGCAGCUUGGUGAGAAGGUGACAACAGUUGGUGUGAUUAUUCGCAAAUGGAAGAAACACAAAAUAACUGUCAAUCUCCAUCGGCCUGGGGCUCCAUGCAAGAUCUCACCUCGUGGAUUUGCAAUGAUCAUGAAAACGGUGAGGAAUCAGCCCAGAACUACACGGGAGGAUCUUGUCAAUGAUCUCAAGGCAGCUGGGACCAUUGUCACCAAGAAAACAAUUGGUAACACACUACGCCGUGAAGGACUGAAAUCCUGCAGCGCCCGCAAGGUCCCCCUGCUCAAGGAAGCACAUAUACAGGCCCGUCUGAAGUUUGCCAAUGAACAUCUGAAUGAUUCAGAGGAGAACUGGGUGAAAGUGUUGUGGUCAGAUGAGACCAAAAUGGAGCUCUUUGGCAUCAACUCAACUCGCCGUGUUUGGAGGAGGAGGAAUGCUGCCUAUGACCCCAAGAACACCAUCCCCACCGUCAAACAUGGAGGUGGAAACAUUAUGCUUUGGGGGUGUUUUUCUGCUAAGGGGACAGGACAACUUCACCGCAUCAAAGGGACGAUGGACGGGGCCAUGUACCGUCAAAUCUUGGGUGAGAACCUCCUUCCCUCAGCCAGGGCAUUGAAAAUGGGUCGUGGAUGGGUAUUCCAGCAUGACAAUGACCCAAAACACACGGCCAAGGCAACAAAGGAGUGGCUCAAGAAGAAGCACAUUAAGGUCCUGGAGUGGCCUAGCCAGUCUCCAGACCUUAAUCCCAUAGAACAUCUGUGGAGGGAGCUGAAGGUUCGAGUUGCCAAACGUCAGCCUCGAAACCUUAAUGACUUGGAGAAGAUCUGCAAAGAGGAGUGGGACAAAAUCCCUCCUGAGAUGUGUGCAAACCUGGUGGCCAACUACAAGAAACGUCUUACCUCUGUGAUUGCCAACAAGGGUUUUGCCACCAAGUACUAAGUCAUGUUUUGCAGAGGGGUCAAAUACUUAUUUCCCUCAUUAAAAUGCAAAUCAAUGUAUAAUUUUUUUUACAUGUGUUUUUCUGGAUUUUUUGUUGUUAUUCUGUCUCUCACUGUUCAAAUAAACCUACCAUUAAAAUGAUAGACUGAUCAUUUCUUUGUCAGUGGGCAAACGUACAAAAUCAGCAGGGGAUCAAAUACUUUUUUCCCUCACUGUACAUACCCAGCAUCCGACAGAGCUGCAGGAGUUGUGACCCGUUUUUGUUGGUUAUGUUGUCGUAGUUGUGUCUAGGAGGGCAUAUGGGGGAGGGAAUGCUGUCACCUCCAGGUAGGUGUUUGUCCCACUGUGUGCUAAGGGUGUCAGGUUCUUGUCAAGUUCUGGCAUUUAUGUCGCCACAGACUAGUACAUGUCCCUGGGACUGGAAAGUGUUGAUCUCCCCUCUAGGAUGGAGAAGCUGUCAUCAUUAAAGUAUGAGGAUUGUAUUGGGGGGAUACAGGUAGCACACAUGAGGACAUUUUUCUCUGUUGAGAUAAUUUCAUUAUUAAUUUCUAGCCAGAUGUAAUCUAGCUCUCUGUAACCUAGAGGGCAACCAGUGGGUCCGUCUCCUUUAUACCAUGUUUCUUGUAGGAUGACAAUGUUUGUAUUUCCAAUUUCUUUGAUGAAGUCUUGGUUCCUGCUCUUUAGGCCAAAGGCAGAUGACCCAGACCUUGUAUAUUCCAGGAUGAGAUAGUAAAAGCUUUGUGUUCCAUAGUGUCUAGUGUUGUUUUUGCGUGGUUUAGGCCCGGACCAUCACAGUAGGUGUGAGCAGAGCAUGUUGAGCGUCUGAUACAUACCUCUUAGGUCGCAGGAUGGGGCUUGGGCGGGUGUAAUAGUUGGGGUUGUGCCUGUUGCUCUUCUCACAGACUGGGCAUAUGUCCUGCUGUCAUGUUGAGGUUCUUGCCGCAGGGGCGGGGAGCAUGGGAUGGACAGAAGGGGCAUAGGUCUGAUAUGGGGGGGCCUAUAUAGGGUGUGGCCAGGGUUUGCUUGGGGUGGUCUUAGCUGGUUGGGGUGUGGCUGGUGAUGCUGUGGUCUGGGUGUAGGUCCUCUUGGCGUGGGUUCUCUUGGUGCAGGUCCUUGGGGGGGGUCUUGCAGGUCUGGGCGGGGUGUCUGUUACUCCUGUGUGAGGUGCUGGGGCUACGGUUGAGGGUGACGUCUUUCAGGGUCCUGGCAAAAGUUGGGAUUGCUGCCUUGUAGAGGUGGACCUGGUCGUAAAAGCUGUUCAAGUCCAGGGUGGAAUGGUAGGCCAGGUAGACAGUAGGUUUUGAGGCACAGUCUCGUGAAAUACAUUCUCCCGCUGUAUGGUGGCAGGGUGAAAGUAUUUUCGUGGUAGCAGGUUGGAGAUAACCACUGGGGAAAGUGGAAGAAGCUUUUUCAAUCACUCCCUUGAGUGAUGUAGCCACCCUUUCCUGCUCUGCCCUCAGGUCAUUUGUGCCCGUGUGAAUUAUGAUGUGGCUGGGGGACCCUAGUCUGUCCUCUGACAACAGCUCCAGGGCAUGCCUAAUGUUUGGACACCAGAGUUUAGCCACUUUGAGUUUGGGAAAAAGUUUAUCCUCUUGAAUGUAUUUGCCAUUUGAAUCAAUGAGGAGCACAAUCUCUGGCUUUUGUGUGUCCUCAGUGGAUGUGUGGGGCUUGUCAGGAGGGCUAUCAGGGGAGCUGACAGGGGGGCUGUUAGGAGGGGGUGUGGUCUGUUGAGUUGGUGGGUCCUGUGUUGUCUGUCCCAUUGUGGUGUUGAGGUUGUGGUACGGGUCUGAGGUGGGCUGUUCUGCUGGCUUCUCUGGGGGAGUGGCCUACUCUCUGUCACGCCUCAGCUUUCUCACCUCCUCCUUCAGUGCCGUGCUCUUUAAGUUCUCUCAGCUCAGUCCGUAGAGCAGCCAGCUCUCUCAGACAACCGUCCAUCUCCACCUUCUGCCCUCCGGGUCUUGUUGGGGGCGGUGUUGUUGUGCUGGCCUGCUUUGUGGGUUUGUUCUGUCUGGAUUGUGUGGACUAGCUCUCUGAGCUCCACCAUGUCUCUCUCCAGCGCUGUGAAUUUAUCCCUCUCAAUGAUGGAGGAGCAGUGCAGUUGUGGGACCUGUGUGUGUUCAGUGCUGGGGGGGGUGACUAUCCUCGUCUGCAGGACAGUUUGAAGAGGUGUGAUCAGACUCACUCAGGAUGGGGGAGUCAUCACAGAGAGAGAGCUUUUCCUGCUGUGCUCUCUCUUUGAUCUAGUAAAAGUCCUGCUGGAACUGCUUGAGGAUGCCCUUCACCAUUACUGUCCUAGACUUGUACACGUUGACAGAGGUUGUUUCAAUUUCCUCAAAGUCUAGUAUUCUGAGUUUCCACCCUGGGCCAAUAACCUCUCUCUUGACAUAGGGGUAGUGUGCUCUUACAGCACUGUGCCAUGCCAGGGGAUGGUCUGUGUGGGAAAUUAAGUUGCUUACGUUCCCCUCUUUGUAGCAGUCAGCAAAUAGUGUCUCUGGAUUGUCCUUGAGGAGCUUUGUUUUGUACUUAUUCCAUGCAGGGUUAUUUUUUAACAUCCAUGGGGUACUGUAUUGUAAUGACUUCUGCACAGGGAUAAGCAAUGGGGGCUUCAAAGGUCCAUGCAUUUGGCUGUGAAAUUCUCCUGCCAUUGUUGGGCUCAAGAGUUUUCACACAUCUGAUUUCACACUUCAGUGCUAAUUGAAGUUGCAGCCAGGUUUGUUUUGUCCUAGCUGCUUGGUAGCUUAAUAUACUUAUUUACAUUUUAGUCAUUUAGCAGACGCUCUUAUCCUGAGCGACUUACAGUUAGUGAGUGCAUACAUUUUCAUACAUUUUCAUACUUGCCCCCCGUGGGAAACAAACCCACUACCAACUGAGCUACAGGGGACAGUAGCUUUACUUAGCUUUACAUAACAAAAUUACCUAGAGAUUGUUGUCUUUUACUUUUUGGCUUCAGAAGUACCUUCAGACUGAAUAUUACUCACUCAGUUUUGUGUUGGAUGUUAUUUCCAGGUUCCACUUGUUUCUUCUGCAGAUUUUGGUUCGUUAUAAGUUUUUUCUUGAUUGUCCUUGGUAGUAAUACUCCAUUCAGGUAAUUUUGUCCAAAAUCAAGGUUUUAGGUAUGGAAUUUGGAUUGAAUUUGGAUUUGGAUUGAAGGUUUUGAUGUUGAGGUUAGUAUCUCUCUCUCUCUUUCCCUGCAGGUGUUUGUGAACAGUAGUGGAAAGCACAGUGACUCAUCCCAGCCCUUUGGCUACCUGAAGGCCAGCACCACUCUCACCUGUGUCAACCUCUUCGUCAUGCCUUACAACUACCCAGUUCUUUUGCCACUCCUUGGUAAGUGAGAUUGUGGAUGUCUUAUUAUUAUAUUUUUUUAUUUAACCUUUAUUCUGACAGGGAGUCAUGCUGAAACCAAGGUAUCUUUUACAGAUUAGCCCUGUAUCAAACAUACACAUCAAUACACAUCAAUAUACACAUCAAAAAGCAAAACACAAUCAAUGUUUUUUAUAAAACAAACAUAUUCUUCAGUAAAAAGGUCAUCAAUCAGCCGUCUGAAUUGCCCUAGAGGCACCAACUCUUCCAUUUUAGAGAGCUUUGAAGAUUAUUCCACAAGUGCAAAAAAACUAAAAGCAGAUUUACCUAACUCAGUGGAUAUCGAAGAAAUCUCCAGAGUUAGCCAUCCCUGAGACUGGGUCUGGUAGCUCGUACAUCUGUAGGUUAACAAUGAAGUAAGGUACGGCGGAAGUUUAUGCAAAAGGUCUUUAUAAACAAAAAUAGUGCAAUGCAUCAAUCUACAGGACUUCAAAGAGGGCCAAGCUACUUUCUGAUACAGAAAGCAAUGAUGUGUACUGAACCUGUCGCCCGUAAUAAAGCGUAGUGCGUUAUGAUAAACUGCGUCCAAAGGCUUCAAUAUACAGUGGGGAGAACAAGUAUUCAGAAAAAAAAAAACAUCCAGAAAAUCACAUUGUAUGAUUUAAGUAAUUAAUUUGCAUUUUAUUGCAUGACAUAAGUAUUUGAUACAUCAGAAAAGCAGAACUUAAUAUUUGGUACAGAAACCUUUGUUUGCAAUUACAGAGAUCAUACGUUUCCUGUAGGUCUUAACCAGGUUUGCACAAACUGCAGCAGGGAUUUUGGCCCACUCCUCCAUACAGACCUUCUCCAGAUCCUUCAUGUUUCGGGGCUGUCGCUGGGCAAUACGGACUUUCAGCUCCCUCCAAAGAUUUUAUAUUGGGUUCAGGUCUGGAGACUGGCUAGGCCACUUCAGGACCUUGAGAUGUUUCUUACGGAGCCACUCCUUAGUUGCCCUGGCUGUGUGUUUCGGGUUGUUGUCAUGCUGGAAGACCCAGCCACGACCCAUCUUCAAUGCUCUUACUGAGGGAAGGAGGUUGUUGGCCAAGAUCUCGCGAUACAUGGCCCCAUCCAUCCUCCCCUCAAUACGGUGCAGUCGUCCUGUCCCCUUUGCAAAAAAACAUCCCCAAAGAAUGAUGUUUCCACCUCCAUGAUUCACGGUUGGGAUGGUGUUCUUGGGGUUGUACUCAUCCUUCUUCUUCCUCCAAACACGGCGUGUGGAGUUUAGACCAGAAAGCUCUAUUUUUGUCUCAUCAGACCACAUGACCUUCUCCCAUUCCUCCUCUGGAUCAUCCAGAUGGUCAUUGGCAAACUUCAGACGGGCCUGGACCUGCGCUGGCUUGAGCAGGGGGACCUUGCGUGUGCUGCAGGAUUUUAAUCCAUGACCGCGAAGUGUGUUACUAAUGGUUUUCUUUGAGACUGUGGUCCCAGCUCUCUUCAGGUCAUUGACCAGGUCCUGCCGUGUAGUUCUGGGCUGAUCCCUCAACUUCCUCAUGAUCAAUGAUGCCCCACGAGGUGAGAUCUUUCAUGGAGCCCCAGACCGAGGGUGAUUGACCGUCAUCUUGAACUUCUUCCAUUUUCUAAUAAUUGCGCCAACAGUUGUUGCCUUCUCACCAAGCUGCUUGCCUAUUGUCCUGUAGCCCAUCCCAGCCUUGUGCAGGUCUACAAUUGUAUCCCUGAUGUCCUUACACAGCUCUCUGGUCUUGGCCAUUGUGGAGAGGUUGGAGUCUGUUUGAUUGAGUGUGUGGACAGGUGUCUUUUAUACAGGUAACGAGUUCAAACAGGUGCAGUUAAUACAGGUAAUGAGUGGAGAACAGGAGGGCUUCUUAAAGAAAAACUAACAGGUCUGUGAGAGACGGAAUUAUUACUGGUUGGUAGGUGAUCAAAUACUUAUGUCAUGCAAUAAAAUGCACAUGAAUUACUUAAAAAUCAUACAAUGUGAUUUUCUGGAUUUUUGUUUUAGAUUCCGUCUCUCACAGUUGAAGUGUACCUAUGAUAAAAAUGACAGACCUCUACAUGCUUUGUAAGUAGGAAAACUUGCAAAAUCGGCAGUGUAUCAAAUACUUGUUCUCCCCACUGUAUGUACUAUAAGGGUCACAGGUUGUUUUAUAACUUAUUUAAGGCUGCUACGUGCAAAAUGUAUUUUCUGUAUUUUGAAAAUACAAAAUACAUGUAUUUCAAUUAAAUAAAUAAAACAUUUUGGUGUUUAUUUUGAUACAUUGGUCUUUAGGGUAUUUUGUAUUUUGUAACUAGAUACAUUUUGAUGUACAGUACCAGUCAAAAGUUUGGACACACCUACUUAUUCAAAGGUUUUUCUUUAUUUUUACUAUUUUCUACAUUGUAGAAUAAUAGUGAAGACAUCAAAACUAUGAAAUAACACAUAUGGAAUCAUGUAGUAACCAAAAAAGUUGAGAUUCUUCAAAUAGCCAACCUUUGCCUUGAUAACAGCUUUGCACACUCUUGGCAUUCUCUCAACCAGCUUCACCAGUCUUGAAGUAGUUCCCACAUAUGCUGAGCACUUGUUGGCAGGUUUUCCUUCACUCUGCCGUCCCGACUCAUCCCAAACCAUUUCAAUUGGGUUGAGGUCAGGGGAUUAUGGAAGCCAGGUCAUCUGAUGCAGCACUCCAUCACUCUACUUCUUGGUAAAAUAGCCCUUAUACAGCCUGGAGAUGUGUUUGGUCAUUGUCCUGUUAAAAAACAAAUACUAAGCCCAAACCAGAUGGGAUGGCGUAUCGCUGCAGAAUGUUGUGGGAGCCAUGCUGGAUAAGUGUGCCUUGAAUCUAAAUAAAUCACAGACAGUGUCACCAGCAAAGCACCCCCACACCAUAACACCUCCUCCUCCAUGCUUUACGGUGGGAACUACACUUGCAGAGAUCAUCCGUUCACCCACACUGCGUCUCACAAAGACAUGGCGGUUGGGACCAAAGGACACAUUUCCACCGGUCUAAUGUCCAUUGCUCGUGUUUCUUGGCCCAAGCAGGUCUCUUCUUCUUAUUGGUGUCCUUUAGUAGUGGUUUCUUUGCAGCAAUUCGACCAUGAAGGCCUGAUUCACACAGUCCCCUCUGAACAGUUGAUGUUGAGAUGUGUCUGUGACUUGAACUCUAUGAAGCAUUUAUUUGGGCUUGAUGGUUUUUGUGACUGCACUUGAAGAAACGUUAAAAGUUCUUGAAAUGUUCCGUAUUGACUGACCUUCAUGUCUUAAAGUAAUGAUGGACUGUCGUUUCUCUUUGCUUAUUUGAGCUGUUUUUGCCAUAAUAUGGACUUGGUCUUUUACCAAAAAAAUAAACCUUGAAUGAGUAGGUGUGUCCAAUCUUUUGACUGGUACUGUAUCUUUUCCCAUCUCUGGGUGUUCUUGGAUGAUUAUGCUUCUCUCUCCUCCUAACCCCCAACCCCUCUGUCUUCACAGAUGACCUGUUUAAAGUGCACAAACUGAAGCCAAACCUAAAGUGGCGGCAGGCUUUUGAGAUCUACCUGAAGACCAUGCCUCCUUACUUUCUCUUGGUAAUGUACCGUGCUUGAUCAAUGCCAUAUAUGUAAAUAUAUAUUUGAAUCCAUAUAUGCUAUUGCGUGUAUUUAAUGUUUCUUUGAUGGUGAUGCCCUUCUAUGAGCUCUCACUGUGUUUCCCCCUUACAGCCAUUAAAGAAGGCACUGAGAAUGAUGGGAGCGCCCAACCUUAUCUCCGACAACAUGGACAGUGGUCUCAGCUACAGCGUCAUCUCCUACCUAAAGAAGCUUAGCCAGCAGGUGGUGCUUCCCUCACCUGGUCUGCAUCCCAAAUGGCGCCUUAUUCUUUAUAAGUGCACUAGGUUUGACGAGGGCCCAUAGGGCUCUGGUCAAAAGUAGUGCACUAUAUAAGGAAUAGGGUGCCAUUUGGGAUGCACACCUAGUCUCUGUAUAUAUCUACAGCUUUCAAAGUUUGUACAACGUGAUACAAUACGUAUUUAACUUACAUGAGGGUCACCUAAGUAGAUCUGAAUACAGUUUUGAAGUACACCCAGCUAGUGUGAGUAAGUGGAUAAAGAGCCUGUCUUUGUCUCUUUCUCUGUCUGCAGGCGAAGAUUGAGUCGGAUCGCCUGAUCGUGUCUGUAGGGAGGAAGGCACCCCAGGAGACUGGUAUAAAGGUGAAGAACCACUCCAACACCCUGUCCCUGGCCCACCGCAAAGACUUCAAGCAGCUGCUGCAGGGUAUCACCGGGGAGAUGCCCCUUCGCCUCACAGACAUCAACUUCAAGGAGUUUGCCAGCUUUCAGAUUGCACUGCUCAACAAGGUACAGGACCAGCAGGGUCGAAACUCUGAGAUGCCUGAGAGUAUAUGUGUGUCCCAAAUGGCACCCUAUUCCCUAUAUAGUGCACUACUUUUGACCAGAGGCCAGGGUAUAGGAUGCCAUUUGAGACACAGAUAUGUUUCUAGAUUUAAGCGACAGACAGGGUUGAAGAAAAGGUUUUUGUGUCUCACUAGACUCCCUAUCUCUCCUCAGAAUCUAAAGCCUCAGGCGUAUCGGAACGCCUAUGACAUCCCCAGGCGGAACCUUCUAGAUCAGCUGACACGGAUGCGCUCCAACCUUCUGAAGACGACUCAGAAACUCAUCAGAGGACAAGAUGAAGGUAGACUUGAAAGCUGCUUAAUCAUCAGUUAGAUUAUUCUUGUCAGUCUAUUGACUACAGUAUGAAUACAUAAUGUAAGAAGUGGAAAAAUUUCACAUGAACUGUUGAUAGUAGCCAUCUAAAGAAUGUAUUUAUAUGGUAAUGAAUACAAUAACGGGUUUAUCGUGAUGUCUCCAUUUAAAUGUAUUUGUAUUGACAUUGACUCUGUGCUGGUUGUUAGACUACCUUCAUAGUAUACCUGUGGCUCAGAUGGGCAACUACCAGGAGUAUCUAAAGAUGAUGCCGUCUCCUCUGAGACAGAUCGACCCUGACCAACCCAAACGCCUACACACAUUCGGCAACCCCUUCAAACAGGACAAGAAGGUACACACACGUACACACACACACACACACACACACACACUUUUCAAUGCAUAUAACAGCAAAGAUCAGCAAAAACAACAGAGGGUCAUCAUUAUUGUUUGCAAGUCUUUUACCUAAAAACAUUUUGUCUCCCUUUUUUCUGAUCCCAGGGGAUGAUGAUUGACGAGGCAGAUGAGUUUGUAAUGGGUCCCCAAAGCAAGAAGAGAGGGGUAACGGGGGACCCCAACUCAGGGGCUGCUCUGAAGAGAAGGCGUAGCCUGUCCCCUUUAUUGUGUCGGCCCCAGACUCCACCAAUCAUCACCAACCAUGUGGUGGGGAUGGGGCCCAAUGGGAACGGGGCCCAGGGCCAGCCUGGCCUCAUCAAGCCCAUCCCAGUGCACAAAGGUAGGGGACAUGCACUAACAGUCAAAAGUUUGGACACAUCUACUCAUUCAAGGGUUUUUCUUUAUUUGUAAAAAAAUGUACAUUGUAUAAUAAUAGUGAAGACAUCAAAACUAUGAAAUAACACAUAUGGAAUAAUGUAGUAACCAAAACGUGUUAAACAAAUCAAAAUAUAUUUUAUAUUUAAGAUUCUUCAAAUAGCUACCCUUUGUCUUGAUGACAGCUUUGCACACUCUUGGCAUUUUCUCAACCAGCUUCACCUGGAAGGCUUUUCCAACAGUCUUGAAGGAGUUCCCACAUAUGCUGAGAACUUGUUGGCUGCUUUUCCUUCACUCUGCGGUCCGAAUCAUCCCAAAACAUCUCAAUUGGGUUGAGGUGAGGGGAUUGUGGAGGCCAGGUCAUCUGAUGCAGUACUCCAUCACUCUCCUUGGUCAAAUAGCCCUUACACAGCCUGGAGGUGUGUUGGGUCAUUGUCCUGUUGAAAAACAAAUCAUAGUCCCACUAAGCCCAAACCAGAUGGGAUGGUUUAUCGCUGUAGAAUGCUGUGGUAGCCAUGCUGGUUAAGUGUGCCUUGAAUUCUAAAUAAAUCACAGACAGUGUCACCAGCAAAGCACCCCCACACCAUAAUACCUCCUCCUCCAUGCUUUACGGUGGGAAAUACACAUAGUGAGAUCAUCCGUUCACCCACACCGCGUCUCACAAUGACACGGCGGUUGGAACCAAAAAUCUCCAAUUUGGACUCCAGACCAAAGGACACAUUUCCACCGGUCUAAUGUCCAUUGCUCGUGUUUCUUGGCCCAAGGGUGGCUAUUUGAAGAAUCUCAAAUAUAAAAUAUAUUUUGAUUUGUUUAACAACUUUUUGGUUACUACAUGAUUCCAUAUGUGUUAUUUCAUAGUUUUGAUGUCUUAACUAUUAUUCUACAAUGUAGAAAAUAGUAAAAAUAAAGAAAAACCCUUGAAUGAGUAGGUGUGUCCAAACUUUUGACUGGUACUGUAUAUAGUAUGGAAAUGGCAGAUCUUAGUCUGAGAUUGUUAAAUUUGCGUAGUGCUCAGAAAAUUGCUUGCAGCCAUAAAACUUCAACCUCAAUACAAAAUGGAUCCUCAUUGAAAACACCAAGUGUUGGUGUUCAUCAUCUAGACAGUGUUGAAAUGAAAUAUGCUCUUCUGUCCCCCACAGGAGCAGAGGGGAACAGCGUGCUAGGCACGGAGAGUAACGGGGAGAGUGGUCUGGGGCCUGAAUCAGGGGACAGCUGGCCUGGAGGGGUGAUGGACGGUGUGGGAGGGGGCACAGCUGGACUCAUCCUAGAGGAGAGAGAGGGGGAGAGGCCUGGGAUGUGUGCGGAGAUGGGGGACAGCGGGGAAGACAGUGGCGUGGAGGACGACAGGUUAGGGGAGGAUGGCCUGGACGAGCGGCCCCCCUCAGAGAGACAGCAGCAGAACUUUGAGGGGGGGCUGAGCCCACCGGACCAGGAGGGAGAGCUGGAGGGAGAUGGAGAUGGAGCAGACCAAGCUGAACCCGAGGCGGUUACCAUAGCCCCACUAGAUGGCAGCAAUGCUGAGCUGCGCACACGGGUCAUCAAGGAGGUCCGCAAACCUGGCCGCAGUGAGUGGUGACACAGAUACUACUGUCCCAACGCUCUAGUCUGGUGUGCAGUGUAUUUCUAUCCAGAUUACACUUCAGUUUAAUGUCAAAAUUGAUCAGACACUGCAGAUUGAAUGUCAUCAUCCAGGCACACACCGUUGCGUCGUGCAUAAGAACAGCCCUUAGCCAUGGUAUAUUGGCCAUAUACCACAUCCACUCGGGCCUUAUUGCUUAAUUAUAAGAGUACUGAGCCGUGUCCCAAAUGGCACCCUAUUAAUUUAUAGUGCACUACUUUUGACCAGGGCCUAUGGGGCUCUGGUAAGAAGUAGUGCACUAUAUAGGGAAUAGGAUGCCAUUGGGGAAUUGGGACGCAUACCUGGUCUUACAUUUCACCAUGCUAAUCCAACUAGUUAAGUCCCUUAUCUUCCAUCUGCUGGACCACCUCCACUGACCCCUGACUGUGCCUGUGCUUGUUCCCAGACUAUGAGACCAUAUUCAGGCUACUGGAGGAGGUGAAGGGACAUGUGACGAUCCAGAGGUACUUCAUCUAUCACGCUAUCAAGGAGGCUGCCAGGUGAGACCCACUGUCUGUCCACACCAGAGUUCAUACAGUACAGACUGAGAACAAUGAAAACAACACAGAGUACAGUGGCUUGCGAAAGUAUUCACCCCCCUUGGCAUUUUUACUAUUUUGUUGCCUUACAACCUGGAAUUAAAAUUGAUUUUUUGGGGGUUUGUAUCAUUUGAUUUACACAACAUGCCUACCACUUUGAAGAUGCAACAUAUUUUUUAUUGUGAAACAAACAAGAAAUAGGACAAAAAAACUGAAAACUUGAGCGUGCAUAACUAUUAACCCCCCCAAAGUCAAUACUUUGUAGAGCCACCUUUUGCAGCAAUUACAGCUGCAAGUCUCAUGGGGUAUGUCUCUAUAAGCUUGGCACACUGGGAUUUUUGCCCAUUCUUCAAGGUAAAACUGCUCCAGCUCCUUCAAGUUGGAUGGGUUCUGCUGGUGUAUAGCAAUCUUUAAGUCAUACCACAGAUUCUCAAUUGGAUUGAGGUCUGGGCUUUGACUAGGCAAUUCCAAGACAUUUAAAUGUUUCCCCUUAAACCACUCAAGUGUUGCUUUAGCAGUAUGCUUAGGGUCAUUGUCUUGCUGGAAGGUGAACCUCCGUCCCAGUCUCAAAUCUCUGGAAGACUGAAACAGGUUUCCCUCAAGAAUUUCCCUGUAUUUAGCGCCAUCCAUCAUUCCUUCAAUUCUGACCAGUUUCCCAGUCCCUGCCAAUGAAAAUCAUCCCCACAGCAUGAUGCUGCCACCACCAUGCUUCACUGUGGGGAUGGUGUUCUCGAGGUCAUGAGAGGUGUUGGGUUUGCGCCAGACAUUUUCCUUGAUGGCCAAAAAGCUAAAUUUUAGUCUAAUCUGACCAGAGUACCUUCUUCCAUAUGUUUGGGGAGUCUCCCACAUGCCUUUUGGCGAACACCAAACGUGUUUGCAUAUUUUUUUAUUGAAGCAAUUGCUUUUAUCUGGCCACUCUUCAGUAAAGCCCAGCUCUGUGGAGUGUAUGGCUUAAUGUGGUCCUAUGGACAGAUACUCCAAUCUCCGCUGUGGAGCUUUGCAGCUUCUUUAGGGUUAUCUUUGGUCGCUUUGUUGCCUCUGAUUAAUGCCCUCCUUGCCUGGUCCGUGAGUUUUGGUGGUCGGCCCUCUCUUGGCAGGUUUGUUGUGGUGCAAUACAGUGAGGGAAAAAAGUAUUUGAUCCCCUGCUGAUUUUGUACGUUUGCCCACUGACAAAGAAAUUAUCAGUCUAUAAUUUUAAUGGUAGGUUUAUUUGAACAGUGAGAGACAUAUCGAGCUCUUAGGCAUCAACUCAACUCACCGUGUUUGGAGGAGGAGGAAUGCUGCCUAUGAUCCCAAGAACACCAUCCUCACCGUCAAACAUGGAGGUGGAAACAUUAUGCUUUGGGGGUGUUUUUCUGCUAAGGGGACAGGACAACUUCACCGCAUCAAAGGACGAUGGACGGGGCAUGUACUGUCAAAUCUUGGGUGAGAACCUCCUUCCCUCAGCCAGGGAUUUGAAAAUGGGUCGUGGAUGGGUAUUCCAGCAUGACAAUGACCCAAAACACACGGCCAAGGCAACAAAGGAGUGGCUCAAGAAGAAGCACAUUAAGGUCCUGGAGAGGCCUAGCCAGUCUCCAGACCUUAAUCCCAUAGAAAAUCUGUGGAGGGAGCUGAAGGUUUGAGUUGCCAAACGUCAGCCUUGAAACCUUAAUGACUUGGAGAAGAUCUGCAAAGAGGAGUGGGACAAAAUCCCUCCUGAGAUGUGUGCAAACCUGGUGGCCAACUACAAGAAACGUCUGACCUCUGUGAUUGCCAACAAGGGUUUUGCCACCAAGUACUAAGUCAUGUUUUGCAGAGGGGUCAAAUACUUAUUUCCCUCAUUAAAAUGCAAAUCAAUUUAUAACAUUUUUGACAUGCGUUUUUCUGGAUUCUUUUGUUGUUAUUCUGUCUCUCACUGUUCAAAUAAACCUACCAUUAAAAUUAUAGACUGAUCAUGUCUUUGUCAGUGGGCAAACGUACAAAAUCAGCAGGGGAUCAAAUACUUUUUUCCCUCACUGUAUUCUUUCCGGUUUUUAAUAAUGGAUUUAUUGGUGCUCCGUGGGAUGUUCAAAGUUUCAGAUAUUUUUUUAUAACCCAACCCUGAUCUGUACGUCUCCACAACUUUGUCCCUGACCUGUUUGGAGAGCUCCUUGGUCUUCAUGGUGCCACUUGCUUGGUGGUGCCCCUUGCUUAGUGGCGUUGCAGACUCUGGGGCCUUUCAGAACAGGUGUAUAUAUACUGAGAUCAUGUGACACUUAGAUUGCACACAGGUGGACUUUAUUUAACUAAUUAUGUGACUUCUGAAGGUAAUUGGUUGCACCAGAUCUUAUUUAGGGGCUUCAUAGCAAAAAGGGGUGACUACAUAUACACGCACCACUUUUCUGUUAUUUAUUCUUUUGAAUCAGGUUUUUUUUCUUCAUUUCACUUCACCAAUUUUGACUAUUUUGUGUAUGUCCACUACAUGAAAUCAAAAUCAAAAUCAAUUUAAAUUACAGGUUGUAAUGCAACAAAAUAGGAAAAACGCCAAUGGGGCUGAAUACUUUUGCAAGGCACUGUAGCUAAACUCCACAGUGUAUGAGAAUAUCAGUGACUUCCUCAUUCAUAACUGAUGAAGUGGUUACAAGGGUGGAUACAGCAGUGUGAUAUUUGAAAAUUAAAAAACGCCAGUGUCCAACUAAAGAUAAGGAUUCCUUCCCAGAUUUAAUGCCGUCAGUGCACUGCAGCCAUUAGUACAUUGCAGUCAUUCUGCUUCCUCAAAUCUCAAAACCUCCACUGCAAUGCAGUUGCCCUGAAAUUAUAUUAGACAUCCACUCAACUCAAUCCCAUUCUCCCUGUUGCCUUCCAUUUUAUCCCUCUUCUCCCCUCUUUGUCUCUCUCUCCUCUCAGGUUUAAGAAGUGGGUGCUUAUCCAGCAGUUGGAGACAGCUCUGGAGGAGAUUGAGCUGCAGCUGCCUGCUUCCCACACCAACAACGACCACGGCAGAUAG